AUGGCCCUCCCAGCAUUGGUGCUGGCCGCCACCUGCGGGGUGUCAGCGGCUUUGCGUCUAGACAGCGACUGGACCGCUGAAGGUGUUGCCGACCAGGACCGCGAAUGGCCAUGGAACAGGAGGCUGAGAGUGGAUGAGGCUACCAUGCAGAGGUACGAAAACGGCGAAAAGUCAGCGGCUGCCAGCGUGCUGGAGGCAGAGACGGUGAUACUGACUCCGCCUGUGCUUCCGUCUGCCUGGUCCUCGCGGCUCACGUUUCUAAAAGAACUAGGCAGUGGCGGUCAUG